AUGAGUCUCUUUUCGUAUGUCCAAAGUAUUUUUACGCUAGAUACAAUAGACACUAGAUUCACAAGCUCCUCGUCCGUUCCAUACAGCACGGUAAUUGAAGCACGGAAACAUGGCGAACCAUCUGUCACACCUCGGAACAACCAGUCGUUUACGGUAAACAAAAACCCAGACGAACAAAAUCGUAGCAAGUGCCCACUGGCAGAGCCGUCCAAAUGGAAAACGCCAGAGUUUUACUUUUAUUACUUAGUUUUCAUAGUGGUCGUACCAUGCAUGUUUUGGGUUCCAUACAGCGUUUCUAGACCCUCUGACCCAAACUAUCACAAGUUUGAGCACCUUCUUUCUCCAGGAUGGGUACCGGGCAGGAAGAUAGAUAUAUCUGAUAUUCAAUAUUCUACAUUCCGUGAAAACCUUCCAUAUCUUGGAUGUUUCGUUAUAAUACACCCAUUACUUCGAAAACUCUAUGAGAUCCUUCGACCGCAACCGCAAUACUCAAAACCUAGCAGGGACUCAAUAAGCUCUGACCUAGUAGGCGAUGCCCGCAUGAAUCAUAGGAUAUCUUUUGAUUUUAUAUUUGCAUUAAUUUUUUUGGUUUUCUUGCACGGGUUUUCUGCAGCGAAGAUUCUUGGGAUCCUCUACAUAAACUACAAACUAGCUACCCGACUGCCUCGCAAAUUUAUACCCGCAGCAACAUGGAUAUUCAAUAUAUCAAUCCUAUUUGCGAACGAGAUUCAUAACGGUUACAAAUUUGCGCGAAUCUCUGGAUUUUUCAUGCCGUCUGAAGUCGGUUUGUCACGCAAUUGGGGAGAAUGGUUAGACGAUUACAGUGGUAUUAUGUCUAGAUGGGAAAUUCUUUUCAAUAUAACCGUUCUUCGUUUGAUAAGUUUUAAUCUAGACUAUUAUUGGAGUCUAGACCUGAAGAAUGAGAAUUUUGAGAAGAAACAACUCAACCUAGCAAAUCUUUCUGAAAGAGAUCGGGUCGCAACGCCUGCUAAGCACUGUGAUUAUUCUCUCCGAAAUUACUUGGCUUACUCACUCUACGCGCCCUUGUAUCUAGCUGGUCCCAUCAUAACUUUUAACGACUACAUAUCUCAAUCUAGGUACACCCCAGCAUCCAUCGAAAGUUUCCGCACGAUUAAGUAUGGUAUCCGCUUCUUCCUGUGUCUCUUGGCUAUAGAGCUUUUGCUCCAUUUUAACUAUUGUGUGGCUAUUUCUAAAGGCAACCCACGCUGGUCAGACUAUACCCCGGCCCAGCUUUCUCUUCUUUCUUAUUUUAAUCUUCAUGUCCUCUGGCUCAAACUUCUACUUCCCUGGAGAUUCUUUCGACUUUGGGCCCUUGUCGACGGUAUUGAUCCGCCAGAAAAUAUGAUUCGAUGCCUAUCAGAUAAUCCAUCCACGGUAGCAUUUUGGCGAGGCUGGCAUCGAUCUUACAAUAGAUGGUUGAUUCGAUACUUAUACGGCCCAUUAGGUGGCGCAUCUUCUGCUACACGGGAAUCAACCUUGCGCUCUGUAAUAAACUAUAUCGUGGUAUUUACCUUUGUAGCCUUAUGGCACGAUAUAAGUCUAAACCUCCUAGUUUGGGGCUGGCUAGUUGUAUUUUUCAUGUUACCAGAGGUUAUUCUGAGUUAUAUUUUUCCCCGUAAGAAAUGGGAGAAUCAUCUAACUACCUACCGGGUUAUGUGUGGUAUCGCUGCAGUUGGUAACCUAAUGAUGAUGAUGAUGGCCAAUCUAGUUGGUUUUGCCGUGGGAGUUGACGGCUUAAAAAGCAUUAUUAGCGGUAUAUUCCGGGAUUAUUCUGGGUUUGUCUUUCUAUUCUCCUCGUGGACAGCUCUCUAUGUCGGGAUACAAGUUAUGUUCGAAGUAAGAGAGAAUGAGAAGAGACAGGGUAUAUAUUUAAAAUGCUGA